CCUUCACGAAGUCUGUCAGUUCAAGCCACCGCACCAGCAGGUAGAGGAACUUGAGAUUUGCUGUAAUGACGUCAAAUGCAGUCCACCUGAAGACAGCAGAACAGUCCUUAUGUGCGGGGGUUUAGGACUGACGGAGCCUCCGGAGGUCACGCAAUGGCAGAGUUCCACAGAAAUUUACUUGAUGGAAAAUCAUUUGAGUGAGUUACCCGAGAAUCCUUGCUGUCCUGCACUCCUGUUAUUGUUUCUAAAUAGGAAUUGCAAGCUCAGAACGAUCAGUCCGUCUUUCUUUGAUUACAUGCCAGCUCUCAAAAUCCUGAAUUUGUCCCGAACUCGGAUCAAGUCCUUACCAGUGUCUCUCUUCAGGUUAACCUGCCUAAAAAGACUUUUCUUAACUCAUUGUGAUCUAUUAAUGGUGUUACCUCCACAAAUUGGAGAACUUCAGCAGCUUGAGGUGCUUGAUCUUGAAGGGACUAUGAUCAUGGAUCUGCCGAAGGAGGUGGCAAAGCUAACAAAGCUCACUUGCUUAGGAGUAACAUUUUGCCGACGCAUAAAUCGUGGCCCAAAAUAUGCGAAAGUGAAUGCAUUGAUUCCUCAGGGCACUAUUUCUGUGCUCACUCAAUUAGAAGAGCUUAGUAUUGAGGUUAGUCCAGAGGAUGAGAGGUGGAGGAGUAUUGUGGAAGCUGUUGUUGACGAUGUUUGUGGCUUGACAAGGCUGGAUACUCUUAAUCUGUACUUCCCGCAAGUGGAACUUCUAAGGAAAUUCAUAUGGCUUGGCACAUCAGAGGUGUCUAGAUCGUUGUCACAUUUUAAAUUCAUUGUUGGCGAUGACGAUGAACGCAUCAUAAUUCAUCUCCCAAAGGAUCUUGAAUUUGAGUUAGAACGCUGGGAUAGAUCCUUGAAAUAUGUAAAUGGCAUGGGUGUCCCCACUGAUAUCAAGAAGUUGCUUCAGCAUACUACUGCAUUUUUCUUAGACCGCCAUAUGGAUGUCACUAAGCUAUCUGAUUUUGGGAUUGAGAACAUGAAGCAACUGAAAUGCUGCAUAAUUGGGGAGUGCAAUGAGAUUCAGGUUAUUGUUGAUGGAACUGACAUGUAUGAUGAAGCUGAUAGAAGUGAAAUUGUGGAAACAUGGGAGGAUGAUAGGAGGUUUCUCAGAUCACUCGAGUAUCUCUACAUCCGUUGUAUGAAGAGUUUGAGGUGCAUUUACAAUGGGCCACUGCAUCGAGGAUGUUUGUCUCAUCUUAAAUCCUUGUCUUUAGUCAAAUGUCCUCAGUUGACUGUCAUAUUCACACCUGGCCUAUUGGAAAACCUCGAAAGCUUAGAAGAGCUUGAAGUUGUAGACUGCCCCCUUGUCUUAAGUUUAGUGAGAUGUGAAGAUACUUCUAUUUAUGAGAAUACAGAUACUUCUAUUUACGAGAGUACCUACUUCCUCCCCAAGUUGAAGAAGAUAUUCCUGGUCUCAUUGCCUGAACUCAUCAGCAUUUCCGAAGACUUACACAUUGCACCAAACUUGGGAGCAAUAAAGAUUGUUGAUUGUCCGAAUCUCAAGAAUCGAUCAACUGAUGAAAUCUGUCGCAAUCAUCUGACAGGGACUGAAGCACAAAGUUUUCCAAAUGAUGCAAGCAGAGAGCAGCCUGCUCCUGCUGUGGUUUCAUCUACAACCACUAGAAAUGCAGCAGUUAACCCUUCAACUUCUCAAAUCAAAAGGAAACCUGAAGUUGCUCCUCGGCUGUGGAAAUCCUUAUUCAAUGAUCUUAAAUUAGCUGCAAGAAACUUCAGCGCUGAAAGUCUUCUCGGUGAAGGUGGUUUUGGCUGUGUACGUGGCUUUACAAAAGAUACAAGCGAGAGCAGCCUGCUCCUCCUGGGUUACAUCUACAGCCACUUGUGA